CAUUGUUACCUCGGCCAAGGAGGUGGUGGUUUUGCACCUGUUCAUUUAAUGAAGGAUUACGCAAAAGCUACUGAACAGAUUUCCAUAGAAAUUCAGUAGAAAGGAUGGGACGUGAGCCAUUUUUUAACUUCCCUGGAACAUUGCGUAAACUCCUCCAGUCGCUGGUAAAGAUGGCUUAUCUUCCAAAGCUCUUCAAGCAUGUGGACGAACAACAGGAGACGUAUGUGCAGCGUCUUGCUGAUUGGGUGGCAGUCCAGAGUGUGUCUGCUUGGCCAGAGAAGCGUGGGGAGAUCAAGAAGAUGAUGGAAAUGGCCGCCAAGGAAAUCAAGAGACUGGGGGGCGAAGUGGAGAUGGUGGACAUUGGCAAACAGACGCUUCCUUCUGGAAAGGAGAUCCCCCUCCCCCCUGUCAUCCUGGGGCAUUUGGGGUCAGACCCUUCUAAGAAGACUGUGUGCAUCUACGGCCACCUUGAUGUCCAGCCAGCCAAGAUUGACGACGGCUGGGAUACUGAGCCUUUCACUCUGGUGGAGAAAGAUGGUAAGCUCUACGGAAGAGGUUCUACUGACGACAAGGGUCCAGUAUUGGCCUGGUUAAACUGCAUUGAUGCCUACAAGCAGAUCAAGCAGGAGCUUCCCGUCAAUAUCAAGUUCUGCUUCGAGGGGAUGGAGGAGUCUGGAUCUGAGGGCCUGGAUGAGCUGCUGGUAUCUCGAAAAGACACCUUCUUAAAAGACGUGGACUACGUCUGCAUCUCUGACAACUACUGGCUGGGCAAGACCAAACCCUGCAUCACCUAUGGUCUGAGAGGACUCUGCUACUUCUUCAUUGAGGUGGAGUGCAGUAAGAAGGACCUGCACUCUGGGGUGUUUGGUGGCUCUGUUCAUGAGGCUAUGACCGACCUUAUUGCACUUAUGGGCUCCCUGGUCACCGGGAAGGGGGAUAUUUUGGUUCCUGGGAUAAACGAAGACGUGGCCGAGUUAACAGAAGCGGAGAAAAAGCUCUAUGAGGAUAUUGAUUUCAACGUGGCUGAGUUCUACAAAGACAUUGGAAUUGAUCAGCCACUGUAUGACACCAAGGAGGAGGUCCUAAUGCACCGCUGGAGGUACCCAUCCCUCUCUCUUCAUGGUAUCGAGGGAGCUUUCUCUGGAUCAGGAUCCAAGACUGUUAUCCCAAGCAAGGUCAUUGGCAAGUUCUCCAUCCGCAUUGUUCCUGACAUGGACCCCAAAGUCGUGGAGAAGAAGGUUAUCAACCAUCUGAAGGAGAAAUUUGAUGAAUUGGGAUCCCCCAACAAAUUCAAAGUGCACAUGGGCAGCGGAUCCAAGGCCUGGGUCUCUGACUACUCUCACAAGAACUUCCUGGCUGGUCGAAAGGCCAUCAAGACAGUCUUUGGUGUGGAGCCUGACCUGACCCGUGAGGGUGGAAGCAUCCCCGUCACCCUGACCCUCCAGGAGACCACAGGGUGUAACGUCAUGCUGCUUCCAAUCGGAUCCUCCGAUGAUGGAGCUCACUCCCAGAAUGAGAAACUCAACAGAUCCAACUACAUUCAGGGAAUCAAAGUGCUGGGUGCAUACUUUCAAGAGAUUUCCCAGCUCAAAUGAAGUCACGUCUCAUCAUGAAAAAUGGAAAAUAACGUCCAUCCUCACUAUCAGAGCUGUGUAUAUUUGUGGUAUUGACUUCCAUAGGAAAUGUUUUAUACACACCAGCUCCUUAAAAUAAAAGUGUUUCUUUAUUUCUGUC